AAAAUUAUUUAAGGUAUUUUUACUAAGAAGGAGUAUUUUACACCUCAAUAAAUAUGAUGUAUUUAUGCUUUGUCUAAAGGACAGUCGUUCAAAAAAAACAUUUACUUCCGGGACACGUCAACAAAGUCGCUGCUCAGAAGGAUCUCAGUCAGCGUCAGUCUCUGCAUAGUAGCCAUUAGACAUUUUUCUAGAAAUCAUGGAGACAUUAUACAGUAUACCGUUUGCUGUGCUGGAAUGUCCGAAUAUAAAACUGAAGAAACCGUCAUGGCUGCACAUGCCGUCGGCUAUGACUGUGUAUGCGAUCGUUAUCGUCUCCUACUUUCUCAUCACGGGAGGUAUCAUUUACGAUGUUAUUGUGGAGCCACCAAGUGUAGGCUCGAUGACUGAUGAGCAUGGACACCAGCGGCCAGUGGCCUUUUUGGCUUACAGAGUAAAUGGGCAGUACAUUAUGGAAGGACUGGCUUCCAGUUUCCUCUUCACGAUGGGAGGCCUGGGCUUUAUAAUCCUGGACCGCUCCAAUGCACCAAACAUUCCCAAACUCAACCGCUUCUUAUUGCUCUUCAUUGGCUUUGUCAGUGUUCUCCUCAGCUUCUUCAUGGCUAGAGUGUUCAUGCGCAUGAAGCUACCAGGAUACCUCAUGGGUUAAAGAGAGAAAGAGAACACUGAAAAUUAGUUGGAUGGAUGGAGGACAUCUAAUGCAUGGGCGCCACCAACACGCAGUUCAACUAAAUUUGUGGAUAAACAUGACUUUAAUGUAAUCAAAAAGCAUUCAGGACUGAAAGCACUGACCUUGCUAAAGAAAUUAGACCUGGCUGCACUGACAGUCUCUCAAUGGCUGUGCCUCAUUGGUGUUCAGUGACUUCCCUUUCUUCAACUUUACUCCAAAUUUUGUAACAGAGUGAUGCAGAAGAUCACAUUGAUCACAGUUAAAGGCGCAUCAUUGCAUCAUUUUUCUAAUAAAUAAAAUACAAUAUCCAGAUCCCUCUAAGUACAGUGCACCUGGAGCAAAGAAAUUUCAUUUCACUUCACUGAAUGAAACUAGAAGUACCCUACAGCAGGUGCAAUUUCUCUUAAGAAAUUGGAGAAAGAAAGGAAAGGAAGUUCUCGAACACUCAAACAUAGAGCCACUGAUUUGAUAUUAGAAGGAGAGUCUGAAUAAUGUUUCAGUUGUAUGUUUUUGAAAAAGUCUUGAACUUGUCGCAGUUGCAUUUUUGUACAAGUGUUUGAAAUAAAUCUUCUUUUCACAGUU